CGCGUCUGUCUAGCAGGUCAAAAGUCGCGCAAAGCGCGCGCGCUGCAGCAAAGAGACCAACAGCACAUAUCCAGGCGCCACGCGCGGAUGCGAGUCAGCAUCACGUACGGGGCAACAGGCCUCUCGGCACUCUUCCCCAUCACUCCCAUCAGCAUCUUUCAUUGAUCCCUCAAGCCUCGUAUUCACAGCAUCUCUUGAUCUCGGUUCCCAUUCGACCCUCUGACCCUUUUGCAAGCUCUUCCUCGACACACCUUGGCCCAUCAUGCUGGAAGCACGCAUGCAAAGUGCCUCCACCCUCAAAAAGGUCAUUGACGCUGUCAGAGACCUCAUCACGGAUGCCAAUUUUGACUGCAAUGAAGAAGGCAUCCGCAUGCAAGCAAUGGACAACUCCCACGUUGCGCUGUCAUCAGUCGAGCUUCGAUCCGAUGGAUUCGCACCCUACAGGUGCGACAGGCCUAUGAGCAUUGGUGUCUCUCUUGUCAGCCUGACCAAGAUCAUCAAGACUGCAGACAACAACGACACUGUCACCAUCAAGAAGGACGACGAUGGAGACAGCCUGGGAAUCAUGUUCGAGAGCUCCAAGUCGGACAGAGUUGCCGAGUACGACAUGAAGUUGAUGGACAUCGAUUCGGAGCACUUAGGCAUUCCGGACACUCAGUACGACGCCGUGGUGUCAAUGGCGUCUGGAGAGUACGCACGAAUUUGCAGGGACCUGAGCGUAGUCGGCGAGAGCGUAAGGAUCGACGUGUCCAAGGAAGGCGUGGGCUUUAGCGCGGACGGAGAACUGGGCGUGGCGAAGCUCACUCUCAAGCAAGGCGCUGGUAGCGCUACUGGUGCUGGAGACGAUGAUGACGACGACGAUGAAGACAGCAAGCCCAACAAGAAGAAGCGCAAGGCGGGCUCCGGUGAAGACAAGGUGGUGCCGGUAGAGAUCAGACUCAACCAAUCCGUCUCCCUCACUUUCAGUCUCAAGUAUCUCACCAUGUUUGCUAAAGCGGCGCCAUUGUGCGAUCGAGUCAGCCUUCACAUGAGCAAUGAGGUUCCUUUGUUGUGCGAAUUUGGCUUUGAUGAUGGCCACGUACGCUUCUACCUGGCUCCCAAGCUGUCGGAGGACGACGAGUAGACCCUCGUGGCUGCGCAAUCUUCUCUCUACGCACCCUUCUCGACAAAGCACGAAGGCUCCAAUGUACGUUGCGCGUCACUCUUUCCUUCAAUCGCACACCAGUCCACAUCUGCCUACACCGACGCGCAAGCGUACGCAUGUGCAAUGCGCGAUCUGCGAGGCAGCUGUCUAGACAAUAACGGAUGCCGAAAUCAAGCG